AUGGCGUCGUCCUCCUCCUCUCUGUCAUCGGCGCUGAGCUCGAUGGAGCAGAUGCUGGACGCGCUCAGGCAGAGAGGGAUCGGCAAGCCCGACGACAAGCCCAAGGAGGAGGAGCCGCCGGCGCUGCCCACGCGCCCCACCGUCAGGGGCCGGCCUCCUUCCAUCCACAGGCCCGCCUCCAGCGCGCCGUGGAGUCAACAACGCCCACCGCUGGCCCUGCUCCCCCCACCGCCGGAAGAUGAAGAAGCGAGGGAGGCGGAGAGGCGUGCGGUGGAGCUGGAGCUGGAGAGAAGGGCUGUGCGGGCGGAGGAGGAGGCGAAGCAGAAAGACGACGACGUGAGGCUCAAGGAGGAGGAGAUCGCCGUGCUGAGGCAGCAGGUGGAGCUCUACGAGGCCCGGCUCGCCGAGUGGGAGGCCAAGAUGAAGGCCGUGGAGGAGGAGCUUCAGAGACAGACCGCCGCGCUGCAGAUGUCUCAGGCUGCUGCUGCUGCGGCGGCGGCCAGAGCAGCACUCGGUUCCACGAGCCACCGCCGGGAGCCAACCUUAUCCGACGGCGUCGCGCAGGCGGAACAAGCUCCGGUGCCCACGAGGGCGGAGGAAGCGUCCGUGAAGCGGGGCGAGAGCCUGUUUCGAGGAGCGUCCGUGAAGCCCCAGCAGCAGCAGCAGCCCGCCGUCGCCGCCGUCCUUAGCUCGAAGCCGAGCCACGCGGGCGUCGCCGCCGUCCUUAGCUCGAAGCCGAGCCACGCGGGCGUCGCCGCCGUCCUUAGCUCGAAGCCGAGCCACGCGGGCGAGCUCGCCGUCGCCCCCGCCGUCCUUAGCUCGAAGCCGAGCCACGCGGAGCACCACCUCGCGACCGAGUUCGCGCGGGAGACCCAGGCGUUCGAGCACGCCGCGAGGGCGGUGGCCGAGGUGAAGCCGGGCACCAUGUCCGUCGACGAGCUCAAGAUGCUGAGGCGGCAGUUCGCCGCCUGGAAGAAGGAGUACGAAGCGCGGCUGCACAAGACAAACGCGGAGCUUAAGAAGCGCAUCCACUCGGAGAAGAGCCACGACCAGCAGGCUGCCCACUGCGGCCGGCGCCGGUGGUGCGGCUGGUGGAGGACGAUCAAGGCGCCGAAGUUCAGGGCCCCCAAGAGGUGCUGCGCUUGCGCUUGCGCCAUGAAGUUGCCUAGCCUUCCCUCGUGCAAGUUCCCUAGCCUUCCCUCGUGCAAGUUCCCUAGCCUUCCUUCGUGCAAGUUCCCUAGCCUUCCCUCGUGUUCCUUCUCUUGCUGCUGCUUUCGCCGCCGCCGAUAG